AUGGUGGCUCACAUAAGCCAGAGCCGACUCAAGGCCAAGGGCGUGGGCCAACACCACAAUGCCCAGAACUACAAUAACCAGAGCUUCGAGGAGCUGCGAGCAGCCUGCCUGAGGAAGGGAGAGCUGUCUGAGGGUGCCUUAUUUCCUGCUCAAGCCAGUUCGCUGGCCUUCAAGGAACCGGGCCCCAACUCCAAAAAUGUGCACAACAUCUGCUGGCUGCGGCCCAAGCAAAUCACAAGCAAUCCUCAGUUCACUGUGGAUGGGGUCAUCCCGACAGACAUCUUCCAGGGGGUCCUUGGUGAGGCACUGCUGGCUGCCAUCAGCUCCCUUACCACGCACCCCAAACUGCUGCUGUACUGCAUGGUACCCAGGGGACAGAGCUUCAGGAACAACUAUGCUGGCGUCUUCCAUUUUUAGAUUUGGCAGUUUGGGCAGUGGGUGGACAUGGUGGUGGAUGACCGGCUGCCCACCAAGCGUGGCAAACUGGUGUUCGUGCACUCAGUCGAGUGCACUGAGUUCUGGAGUGCCCUGCUGGAGAAAGCGUAUGCCAAGCUGAGCAGGUCCUAUGUAGCACUGUCAGGGGACAACAGAGUAGAUGGCUUUGAGGACUUCACGGGGUGUGUGACCCAGAGCCUCCAACUCUAAAGGCCCCCUCAGAACGUGCUGAGAAUGCUUAGGAAGGCGAUACAGCAAUCCUCCCUCAUGGGCUGCUCCAUCGAAAUCACCAGUGAAAGUGAGUUGGAGUCGAUGACCCAGGGGAUGCUGGUGAAGGGUCACGCUUACUCAGUGACUGGCCUCCACUACGAUGUCUUCUACAGGGGCAGGACAGAAACACUGAUUUGGGUCCAGAAACCCUGGGGCUGGAAUGAGUGGAAUGGAGCCUGAAGUGACAAUACCAGGGAGUGGGAAGAGGUGUCCCCAGACAUCCAGAAGCAGCUGCUGAAUAGGAAGGAGGACGGAGAGUUCUGGAUGCCCUACCAAGAUUUCCUGGACAACUUCACUCUCCUGGAGAUUUGCAACCUGAUGCCUGGUGCACUGUCUGGGGACCACACCAGCUGUUGACACACCACCUUCUACAAGGGCAGCUGGCGGCGGGGCAGCACUGCAGGGGGCUGCAGGAACCACCUGGACACAUUCUGGACCAACCCCCAGUUUAGGAUCUGUCUGCCCAAAGAGGACGGCGACCCAAAGGACGAUGAAUCUGUCUGCACCUGCCUGGUGACCCUGACGCAGAAGAACUGGAGCUGGGCACCUCCCCACGGAGCCCAGCUGCAAACCAUUGGCUUCGUCAUCUAUGCGAUCCCAAAGGAGUUUCAGAAUAGCCAAGAUUUCCACUUGAAGAAGAACUUCUUCAUGAGGUAUCAGGACUUUGGCUUCUCAGAGAUCUUCACCAACCCACGGGAGGUGAGCAGCUAGCUCCGGCUACCUCCAGCGGAAUAUGUCAUUAUUCCCUCCACCUUUGAGCCACUCAGGGACACCGACUUCCUGCUUCUGGUCUUCACAGAGAAGCACAGCGAGUCCUGGGAACUAGACAAUGCCAACUAUGCCGAGCUGCUCCAAGAGGAGAACUUCUCAGAGCGUGAUGUAGGCCAAGAAUUCACACAUAUGUUUCAUAUAGUGGCAGGAGAGGGUAAAGAGAUAGGCGUUGCAAUGCCCAGCUCACUCCUCUCCUUCCUGCCCCUUCCCUUCCUCAUGGUUAAAAGCCUCAAGACCAAGGGCUUUGGCUUGGAUAUGUGCCACUGCAUGGGUAACCUCAUGGAUGUAUCUUCUUCUGGCAAGCUGGGGCUUCCGGAGUUCCAGAUCCUAUGGGAAAAAAUCAAGACAUGGAUGGAUAUCUUCCAAGAGUGUGACCAGGACUCCUAUGAGAUGUGCUUGGCAAUUGAGAAAGCAGGCAUCAAGCUGAAUAACAAGGUGACACGGGUGCUGGUGGCCAGGUAUGCAAAGGAGGACAUGAUCGUGGAUUUUAACAGCUUCUUCAGCUGUUUUCUGAGACUGAAGGCCAUGUUCACAUACUUUCUAACCAUGGACCCCAAGAACACUGGCUAUAUUUGCUUGAACCUGAAACAGUGGCUGCAGGUGACCAUGUGCGGGUAGGGUUGCUGCAGGAGCCCCGCUCCCUACACACUCGGGCUCGCAGCCUUUCCAGCCCGGUCCGUGGGCGCAGGGUUCUCCCUGCUGCUCUUUCUCAGUCUCUGCUGACAGAAUGGGCUCCAGGUAGCAGCACCCAGGCCCCAGAACCAGGCCUCCUCCAGACGCAGGACCUCCACCGCCACCUCCCAGCUCAGGUUUUUCUUUUUCCCCAGCCAGGCUUCUGGUGACUGGAUUUACCCCACAGUUUCUUUCCCUCUCCGAGUAUAUUGUA